CUGAUUAGUUUUUAGCAGACUUGUGCAAAAUGUCUCUGGAGAGACAAACAAAAACACAUGGAGUCUGACAUACUACUGUACGAGUUAAGGAGACGAUGGUGCUCUCCCUGGUGCUCUCCUCCUCAGGUCAACAUGUUCAACCUCAUGAGCAAUUGCUGCAGCUGGGUCUCCAAACUCCAGCAACCACUGAGGAAGAUCACGGUUCUAGUGGUUGGUUUGGACAAGGCUGGAAAAACAUCUUGUGUCAGAGGGAUGUUGAGAGUGCCACCUGGAGAUGUAGGUCCCACUCAUGGAUGUGUCCGCACUGAAUUAAGGGUGGAGAACUACUUGGUUAACAUACUGGAUAUGGGAGGGGCUCCUGAGGUUCGGGGGUCUUGGAGAGAACAUUACGGUGAAGCUCACGGCAUCAUCUUUGUGGUGGAUUCCAGUGACAGACAACAAAUGAAAGAGGUCAAAGAAGCUCUGGUGGACUUACUGAAGCAUCCAAGAGUAGCAGGGAAACCUCUUCUUGUGCUGGCAAAUAAACAGGACAAAAUAAAUGCUCUGCUGGGAAAUGAACUCAUUGAAAUUCUCUCUCUAGAGAGGCUGGUCAACCAGAGCCGUUCCCUUUGUCACAUCGAGUCAUGUUCUGCCUCAAUGGACCUGCGUCGCUGGUCAGACAGAAAGACUCUGCGAGGUCUCAGAUGGCUACUGCGAGCCGUGUGCCUGGACUACCCUGACAUCUGUGCCCGUGUGAUGAGAGACGGGAGGCGACCAUUAGGGCCAGAAGAAAAAGAGAGGAGAGGAAAAAUGGAGAAGAGCCGGAACAAAUCUAAAGAGGAAAAAACACGUACAAGCAAAACUGAUAUCCGUCAGGAACAGCACAAUGAAACUGUGAGGAAAAAUGGGACUCUGCAGCCAUUCCAAAAUAUUCUAAAUAAGGAGAACUCUUUAAAAAAGAAACUAAGCAAAAAGAAGAAGGUGAAGGUUAAAAUUAAGAAGGAGAGUCCAAGCAGAGGAGUAAAUGAAGACGAGGUGGAGGAGACAGAAGGAAAUGAAGCAGAACAGGACCACAACAGCCAGAAAGAUAAAGCCAGCAGUGCAUUACUGACUCCCAAACGAAGGAAAAUGAAACACAAAGCCAAAGUAAAAGAGGAGAACUCGGGUCUACCAGAGUCCCCCAACAGCGAGGUCUCCAGACCCUCUAGAGGAAAAGAGGAAAGAAUGAGAAAAAAGAAGACCGUUAAAGUAAAAAGAAAGAACAAGAUAAACACAGAGGAAGUUCCAGCAGCUUAUGCACAGCCUGUUGAUCUUUCAACUACUUUCGACCUUUACCGAAAAGCAAUUUUGGCUCUCAAAGCCCGACAGGAACAGGACAUGGCUUCGGGAUAGUAAUGAAAAAGAAGAAUGAAGACCUAUGAAGAAAUGGAAGAUUUGGAUGGAUGGAUGACAUGCUGAACCACUUAUCAAUGUCUUUUACCCAAACAGAAGUCUGCUAUCAAUGUCUGCAAAAAGAAGUUACUGU